AUGAGCAAGAAAAAUCUGGCGAUUCUGAUGCGUGCUAGGAUGAGGUCGAAUAAUCCCACCAAAUUCUCCCUCUCUCAAUUUCCUAAGGAGAUCCCAUCUAAUUCUCAAGAGAAUCAUUCUGGAGACCACAUCUUGCAAAAUUCCUCUGAAGGAAUUGGGAAUUCUAGUGAUUUUGGUAUCACAGGAAGGGUAUAUGAUGUAGUUCGUGAAACAAUGCACUCAGCUAUCUCAGCGAGUAAAACUGGUGUAAUGGACAUUACUCUUAAUGAUUUUCAAGAGGGAUACUUUAGCCUUUCGCUUGAAGACCGUGGGAAAUUACUGCUUGCCUUAGCCAAAGAAUACGAUGUUAACAGGGAACAAGUCCGAGAACUCGUUAAGCAAUAUCUUGGACUUGAAAAUCCAGCCAGUGAUGAUGGAGAGCUUCAUUCUCCGAAGAAGGAGGCUUUAACUUCUGUUUUCUAUCGCAUUGAGUGGAAUCUAAAACAUGCUCUCAAGCCGACAUAUGAAACUCUGUUUGAGAGGUUGAACAUACAUCCAGGAGGGUUGAGAUUUUUGUCCAUCCUUCGUGCGGAUCUUCUCUCGAUACUCUCAAAAGAAAACACUCCGUCUUUGAGAACGUUAGAUUCAUAUCUAAAGGAGAAACUCGGUAUGUGGCUUAGUCCUGCCACGUUAGAGCUUCAUCAGAUUACUUGGGAUGAUCCUGCUUCUUUGCUUGAGAAAAUUGUCGCAUACGAGGCGGUGCAUCCUAUCAGCAACCUCUUGGAUCUUAAAAGAAGAUUGGGAAUAGGUCGUCGAUGCUUUGGAUAUUUUCAUCCAUCUAUUCCUGGUGAACCUCUUAUUUUCAUCGAAGUUGCUCUUAUGGAAACCGUUGCUCAGACCAUUCAGGAAGUUUUGUGGGACAAUCCUCCCAUACCAGAGAACCAAGCAACAUGCGCUUUGUUUUACUCCAUUUCUUCAACUCAGCCCGGUUUGGCUGGGAUAAACCUCGGUAAAUUUCUGAUCAAACGAGUGAUUACAUUGGUGAAAAAAGACAUGCCACAUGUUUCUACAUUUGCAACACUUAGCCCCAUUCCUGGAUUCAUGCAAUGGCUCCUCUCAAAGUUAUCAUCUCAGUCAAGGUUUGCUGAAGAUGAGGGCAAGUCACCUUCAUCUACGUUCAGCGAGAAAGUAUUACUACCAGAAGAGGAACAAGCCCUCAUGAGCAUAUCAGAUGACUCUUCUUCCGGUAGCAACGGCAUGGAAGUUCUACUGAAUUUGCUAUCACAAAAGAACUGCGAAUGGGCUACUUCGCCUCGUGUAUUGCCAGUUUUAGAACCUGUUCUCAUGCGGUUAUGUGCUAGGUACCUCUUGCAGGAGAAGAAGAGAGGAAAAGCUUUAGACUCUGUUGCUAACUUCCACUUGCAAAACGGAGCGAUGGUUGAAAGAAUAAAUUGGAUGGCUGAUCGAUCAGAGAAAGGUAUUCAUCAAAGUGGAGGCAUUAUGGUUAACUAUGUCUAUAGGUUAGAGAACAUCGAAGACUAUGCUCAAUCGUAUUUUGGUUCGGGAAAAAUCAAUGCCUCUCCUUGUAUCCAUUCUCGUCUCUAA